AUGUCAUCUACAGAGCCUUGCGCAUCCUGCUUACGACCUUCGCAAGUGGUGCUCGGCACCACCGACUACUCUGACUCCCUCCCACAAGGUUCACGUCACGCUGCGGUGCGCCAUCGCCUGCAGCUAAACAAUGUUACUUAUCUUGCUGGGAGAGAGUCUAGAGAUGCCCUCAUUGUUCAAGCCAGCUUCGACCAAGUGUGCAUUCUCUCACGCCAGCAGCGCUUCGACCAGGCACUUCCAUUCUGGGACGCUUUCUCAGGCUCCCAGAAUACCGAUCAAUGCAUCUCUUGCAUCGCCGUUGCGCUUUCUGCCGAGAGCGAUUACAUCCUGAUCGCUGCUGCUAUGGACCAUCGAGUGGCCGUAUGGACUGCUUCUGCCUCUGCAUCAACCCUGUCACGCAAGUGGAAGGUGCAUUCCACGCUCACCAUCAAUGACGGCAUCGUCACCACCCUCGAUGUCAAAAGUGGUCAGCUGCUCAUCGGAACCACCACCAGCCUGGCCCUUUGGAGACUCGACUCUUCCGAAAUCCCAAUAUGGCGCCGUUUCUGGACAAAGACUGUUCCCGCCCCGAUCAGCAUCGCUCGAUUCUCGCCUGACGCUACCAUCAUUGCAGCCGUUGCCCAAGGCGGUCAACACAUUCUCUUAUGGCAGUAUCAACCCAGAGCUACCCAGCCACCCAUCUUGCAACAACGCCUCUACCAUGCACGUCCCGUCACAGGUCUUACCUGGAGGCAGCCGCCAGAAACUAGCAGUCAAGCUGACGUCUUGAUCUCCAACGCUUCCGAUGGCGUUGCUCGCAUCUGGGCUCCCGUCAUUGAUGAACCAACACAGCUGCGACUUUGGUGCAGCGUCCAAGCUCCGCGCCCAGCAGCCGGUCUCGGCGUCGUCUCAGCCUUCUAUCUCGAUGCGCAUGUCGUAUCUGCAGUAUUACGCACGAAUAUUGACAUUCUGCAAAGGGAGAUUCAGAUGGUGGAGUUGGGUGUAGGCAGCUCGAAUGAGCUCAACGCACACACUCUUGAACUCAACAUGGAUCUAAAACGCACCAGGUUGCGCCGACUCGAGCAAAUCGUCAACGAAACUCCAGAUAUGUUUGUGUCGGUGGAAAAUGAUGGUUCCCUCUUCAUCACAGCUGUCGCCAACAUCGAUCGUCGACCUCCCACACUCUUGCAGGCGUUUGACGUGCUACGCAUCCCUUUGCCUCUGUCUCAAGCCGUUGAGAGCAUAGGAUCAAUCAGUGUCCUUCCACUUCACACUUCUCCAGACGCUCCCAGUACUGCUCCAAUGCUGAUACUCCUCGUGAACUUCAGCAGCGGGGUAUCGACAACAUAUUCGAUCAACCCGGCAAUAUUUUUUGAUGGCCGAGGCUCGGGUAUUGAGCCAGACUACUCGCAUCCCUGCGGUCCAUCCAUCCCCCGCGGCAUUUUUACAUCGUGCAAAGGACGGCACACAAGCAGGAUUGAGUACUUGCAGAGGUCGGCUGAUGGGAGCCUUCUGAUAAGCACCUCCGCGAAAGAGUCGAUAGCUUGGACUUCACACGCCCCACCGAUGCGGUCUAUGCGAUCUAAGAGCAGCCUGUACUGUCAGGCAACAAUGCCGUCUGUUUAUCUGACGGCGGCCUCCUGGAAUGGUUUGCUCAUGGCGCGUAUAUCAAGAGAUGGAGCUGGAGAGGUUUACAGGGCGUUCGACAAAUCCACAGCGCGCUUCAGCUGCGGUGAAGAUGUCAAGCACCUUACUCUCAGUUGUUUCAGUGGCGUCGAGAUCCUUGUUGUCGUGAUGGCGUCUGGUCUUGUUCAUGCAUGGGCACUGGCAGAGGCAGGUGAGCUCCGUCUCACAUCAUGCCCACCUUCGCGCUUGUGGCCUGAUGAAGAUACAGGCCGUCGCCUGACCUUGGUAAGUUCAUCUUCAAGCGCUCCGGAUCAGUCAAGGAGUGGGCUCAGCCUGGUUUUUGCUGACUCUUCCGGUCGGAUUGAAGCUGUGCAUGCAAUCCAAGAUGCGACUGGACAACUUCGAUGGACUACUAUCGCCGCAUUCCACGAGCCGUUAGGUACUCCAACGCUCAUAAGUGGCAGUGCGCAUGGCCUUGUCGCACUUGUGACUCGCGACAAGCAAGAGAAGGAGACCUUGGUAAUCUUGGAUUCCAAGACUAGUUCCUUCAGUUCAGGAGAGGAGCACCGUCAGUGUUUUUCAUCCGAGGAAGUCGUCGUCGCGCUGGAUUGGUCUCCAUCGCCAUUGUCGAGCAAUGUGCUAGCUGUCGCCUUUGAACAUCACGUUGACAUUGUCGCUUCAAGGCGCUCAUCACCUUUCGACCUCAAUCAAGCGCGAUCAAGUCCACAGUGGCAGCUUCUAGUCCGGCUUGAUCUUCGCAUCUGCACUCCGAGCAUGCUUCGGUCUGCUUGCUGGCUGACCUGCGAGCAGCUCGUGGUCGCUUCAGGUUCGUUGCUGCUCAUCUACGGCCCAUGGGUGCAGCCAUGUUUGCCCUGCACGGAAGUGCCGAAAGACAUGCAUCUAGCUGAGCUUGUCGCCGAAGUUGGCGGGCCGGUAGUGCAGUACCACCCCACAUUCUUGCUUCAGUGUGCCAUCUGGGGCAAAAUAGGCUUGGCAAGUGCCAUCAUCGGCAACUUGGAGAAGGCUCUGCUCGCUUGCAGCGCCCAAGAUAUGGGCGAGACAUGGGCGUUUGAAGAGGUCUCCCUUGACGCUAUGCUCAAGGAUGACCGAACGGCAGACCAGGGAGCGACCAAAUUGGUGCCAUCUACACAGAAGAACACACUCAGCAGCAUAUUUGACGAGCCCGCUUCUGUGGGUGAUGCACGAGACACUGAUCUUUUUGCGAUCGACAGGAUCAAUACUCUCGCACGACAUCUUCAGGAAAUCAAGCCACCGCAUGUUUCAGCUGCAGACAUUGAGGUGCUUGUUUGUCUGAUCAAGACAAUCAGCGAGGCAAUACGAGAACACAGAAGUCUGGACGCAUCCGGUCUGCGGUACACUCUCGCUCUCCGCCAGAUGCUGAACCGCUCUAGCCCUUGGAAGCAAGCAAAACAGGCAUCGGCAGUCUCGCUCACGUAUCGUGACUAUCUAUGGGCUUUCCACAGUCACAACCAAGAGACGUUGCUCUCUUCGAUCGAGUCAGUCUACCACAAUCAGCUAGAUUGGCCAGCAGCGCGAGCGACUGGCCUCUUUAUCUGGCUUCAAAAUCCAUCAAUGCUGCGCAACCAAGCCGAAGCGGUGGCUAGAGCGCAGUUCAUGUCGAGCGAGGAUCGCGAUCCUGUCAAAUGCUCGUUGCUCUACUUUGCUUUGGGCAAGCGCAAGGUCGUCCAGGGCUUAUGGCGACAGGCGGUAUGGCAUCCCGAGCAGAAAAAGAUGCUGCAAUUCCUGUCUCAUGAUUUCGAUGAGCAACGCUGGAAGACGGCAGCGCAAAAGAACGCAUUUGCUCUGCUCAGUCAACGACGUUACGAGUUCGCUGCUUCGUUCUUCAUGCUCGGUGAAAGCUUGCGGGAUGCGGUCAAUGUUUGUGUCCGCAAUUUGGACGAUCUGCCGCUUGCCAUCGCUCUAGCCAGGAUCCAUGAGGGUCGCGAUGACGGACCCGUGUUGAUCGAUAUUCUGAAAACCCGCGUGCUUCCACUUGCUUUCGAAACUGGCGAUCGCUGGAUGGGCAGCUGGGCUUUCUGGAUGCUGAAACGUCGCGAUCUGGCGGUUCGCAUCAUUGUCACACCUUUGCGCGACUUACUUGCCGACAAGGAUGUAGCAGUGUUAAUUGGCUCUUCCAUUACGUGCGGCAACGACAGCUACAGUGAUCCCUCACUGGCGUUGCUUUUCCAGCAACUGCGAGCCAAAUCGCUUCAGACCAUCAAGGGUUUGUACGACAUUCCCGAGAAAAAGGUGUUUGACUUUGUUCUCAACACCAAUCGAGGCUUGUGCCGCAUGGGCUGUCAUUCGAUCGGGCUGAGUUUGCUGCGAAAUUGGCAGUUCGAGCCGGCAUCGGUAUCUAGCGCUUCCACGCUGUUUCACCACGUCUCAAAGCACGACCUUGAGACGCUCUCUAGGGUGGAUCAGGCAGUGUUGGCCGAAAGCACUGAUGUGUUCAGCGAGUCGAGUCUGCACGACGGGCGCGUAGAUAAGCGCAACACUAGUCCGACAAGCCUGCGUAGGCGGACGUCGCAAACCACAAUUUCGCCCCCCAGCAGCCCGAGAAUGCAGCGCCGCCGCAGCAGCUUGCUCCGACGCAGAUCGAGCAUCAUCGACGAUCUCGACAUCGGCGCGACAGUGUCGGCGCACAACGGCAAGCAGGACGACCAAGUCGUUUCAGCAUCAGAUGCGCUCACUUCAAAGUCUAUAUCAGCAACUCGCGAGCAGGUACGUGCUGAACCAAACCAGGACGCUCUCACUACAGAGUCUUGGAACGUGAGUGAUUCCGACGCUCACAAAAAGCAGGAUGGCGGCGCAAAAGGAGAAACAGCACCGCAACCCAAAAAACACGGCAUCAGCAUCUUCAAGAGCGCCGCUGCUAGCAACAGCCAGCAGGGUGCACAAGAAUUUGACUUUAGCAGCUUUGGCUUUUGA